AUGGCUGACUCACUGCUGAUGCUGGCGACGGAGGAUCUUCUUCAAAAAUUGAAAGAAGCUGGAAUAAACGUCACUGAAGAUGAAGCAAAGAAAUUCAGAGAAAAAGUGAAUGGGAAAACAAUAGAGUGUGGCCUCACAGAGACCAUGAUCUCAUAUUUAUUUCAAGGCUCCUUUAAAAAACAGGCCAGCAACAAGUUUAACAAAUUUGUACACAAGCUGAAGGAGGUGGUUACGAUAACACUAGAACCAGUCCCACUAGAAUCCUAUCAACAAACUUUGACUACAGAAAUAAAUGCAACUGGUGGAAGACUGCCUGCUGGAUUUGCCAUUCCACUCUUUCCUAGAGAACUUCAGGCCAAGCUUGAUGACAAAGAACCAUGCCAGAAGUCCUCUAAGGAUAGACACAGAAUCAUUAGAGUUCUUCAUGAAGCCAUGAUGGAACACGCAAUGUAUCCAACCAAUGCAGAAUAUGUGCAGGUGGCAAAAGCACUUAUUGUGAAAUAUCCUUUCUUGAAGGAUCUUGAAGGGAAUGGCUAUCACACUUGGCACCAGUCCCUCAAACGCAAAUUUAAAACUGAGCGUGCACCUCUGGUUCAUGAUGAUGAGGUAAGGAGGAGUAAGAAGUUUGGGCACAAAAAAUGUAGACUCUCUGAACAAUCACCAGCAGCCUGUCACAGAUCUGAGUCAGAGGCAAUUGCUGUCAUUGGUGAGGAUGCAUCCUCUAUUGAGGGUCAUGUGAAUGUCCUGCAUAUCCAGUACAGCAAGAUGCGACCAGACACCUUGGUGGUCAAAGACCGAAUGCAGCGAACUUUCGCGUGGAGAAGAAGGGAAAUAAGAGAUGGAAUGACUGUGGAGGAUACACUUAAGAAAUAUCCUUUCUUAAAAACGCCCUCAGGGUUGUGUGAUGAAGUUGACCGGAUGCAUUCAUCACCUGUCAGUUUAAGCCAGCGCUUCAAGGAAGGCUUUACCAGUAUUGUGCCAAAAGUGGUUGAGCUUCAAAGAAAUGCUCCAUUGGCCAAAAUCUACAAAGAAGCAAGAGAAGAGAUGCUUGCUGAAGAUCUACCAGAUUCUGACUUUCGUGCAGCACUAAUUCUGCUGCCCCACAUCUUUAAAGAGAAAGCUGAGAGCUUAAUCACAUUGGGAGAGUGUGAUGCUGAUAAUCCAUACCCAACCAUACAGUUGCUAGAAACUGACUGGAAAAUGGUUUUCUCCAAGAGGGUUCAAGUCCUUGUCAAAGCAGAUGGUGUGGAGGUGUGCAGGGGAAUAGGAGUUGAAGAAGGGAUACUUGCAGCCUUCAGUGCUUACUAUGUUUUCAACUUGGCUUAUCCACCCUACAUGAAGAAUACACUGACCUUCCUGCAGCAUGCCAUAGCAAAGAUUACUGAGGUGGGUGGGAAGCCCCUUCCAAUAACUGUCACCCGAGUACUUAAUAUCCUGUUCUAAAAAUGCCACAACCAUAUCGAUGCACAAGGUGUAGAAGAAAAACCUUCACCUUAAUGAAACUAGUUCAACAUGUUGGUCUGGUUCACAACCAUGAACCCAAUUUCAGCAUGACCUGUGGACUGAAUAACUGCAAGUCAUCUUUUACAAUAUAUGAGUCUUUUAGGCGUCAUGUCUAUCGAAAGCAUAGGAAGCUUGUUCCACCUCGUGAUGAUAUGGAUGCUACUCAAAACAUGGACAAUGACGAUGAUUUUGAAAACGUGGACUGUCAUAAUAAUCUGGAAAAUACUAAUGAGCUACAGCCUAGGGCAGACGAAAUGCAUCCACCUAGUAGGAAUGAGCUUUUGACAAAUUUUAAAGAAAAUCUCUUCAGUUUUGUUCUAAAAUGUAGAGAAAAAAAUCACAUUCCACAGACUGUCCAGCAGGAAAUAGUGAAUGACAUAAAUUUUUUAUUUUGUUAUUUUAAAGAGAAUUACGACUCGUUUAUUACUUACCAUAUUCAAAAAAAUGGGUUCAACAUUUUAGAAUGUCCUGAAAUAAGAGAAAUGGUACGGUCAAGAGAUUUUUUUGAAGAAGCUUCCAAAAUCGUUAGCUCUCCACACAUGCUGAAAGAACAUUGUAAAUCUAAGCUUAGGCUGGUUGAACCAGUACAUCAAAUUUUGAGGUCGUCAGGGGGACACAAAAUAGGCACAUAUUCAUAUGUACCCAUCACGGACGUUUUAAGUAACUAUUGCUCACAUGAGGACAUAUUUGAUGAAAUUCAGACGAACAACUAUCUAGACAGGAAUCCAGAUUAUUUAAGUGAUUACACAGACGGUACUUGUUUCAAGGAACAUCCCUUCUUUAAAGUUAAUCCGCAUGCCUUACAUCUUCAUUUUUAUGAAGAUGAAUUUGAGGUCGUCAACCCUUUAGGUGCAAAAAAAACCAAGCACAAGCUUUGCGCUUUUUAUUAUACGGUAGGCAACCUUAAACAUCGCUCAAAACUGAGACACAUUCAUCUGGCUUUAUUGGUACGACAAACAUUUGUAAAAAGCUGUGGUUUAGCAAUGAUUUUAAAACCAAUGUUAGAUGAUCUUAAAAAACUUGAAAGUGAAGGGUUUGUGGUAACUGUAGGUGGGAUUAAGCAGACUAUUCGCGCUGCACUAGCAACAUUUUCAGCAGACAAUCUUUCAGCACAUAUGUUGGCUGGUUUUACUAUGUCGUUUAACUCUGCUAGAGUUUGUCGCUAUUGCAUGGCAACCCACACAGA